GUUAGUCGCUAGAGGGCGCUUCACACGCGUUGGACGCGUCUUCGCGCAACUCCGUUAUAAUACUUUUUUUUUUGCAAGGGCAUUAGACGACGACGAAUCAUCAUCAAUCGUGUACCGCUUGUAUACCGCUAACUGCGUUCUCUCAAUCUAUCUUUCAUUACGUUAGACAGAGAAUAAUAGACGUUUAUAAAGCAAGUUACGACGGGCUUACGACGUUACACGAAGUUUUUUCAUUUAUUCGUCGUCAUUAUCGUUAUCAUCUAACUGUUCUUCUUCUACUAGGAGAGUUCAAACAUAACGGUUAAUCGUGUCCGAUCGUCGAUCGUUGUUUUUUCUCGAAGCUUGGCGGGAGUUUAGAAGUUGAAUACAACUACGAAGAUAAAGUUAUUCGUCAAAAGCCUCUACGGGCCGUGUGCAAUAUAUAUAUAUAUAUAUAUAUAUGUACACAUACACACUUAUAUAUAUAUAAAUCAUUUCCCGAAGGCUUCUUUUACACGCAUCGUUUUUUCGAAAGGAUCAAGGAUUAUUUUCCUCCUUUCUUUUUUUUUUUUUUUUUUUUUUUUUUUGAAAUCUCGCGAGUGUUCUCACUUCUCGUCGCGUGUGUGCCAAGAGAUAUACGAAGAAGACAAAAAGCGCGCGACGAGCCGGUUCGAAAUUCGCACGCGCGCUUCAACGCGUUCCAGCCUUUCGUCGUCAUCCUCCUCCUCCUCCUCCUCCUCCUUCUAUCUUUUCCUCCCUCUCUCGUCGUCGUCAUCGUCACCGUCGUCGUCGUCGUCGUCGUCGUCGUCGUCGUCGUCACCGUCACCGUCGUCGUCGUCGUCGUCUCGCGGUGGCUCGCGCGCAAGUGCGUGCAACGUUGCCGGAUCAAAGUUCUCGCGGGCGCCUUAUGACGAAGAGGAGAAUCUAACGUGAGAAGAAAAUGUUACGAGGAAAGUGUGAGAGAGAGAAAGAGAGAUAGGACGAGUGUGUAUAUACAUAUAUACACACACAUAUACACGUAUCAUAUCAUCGAGGGAGAAAGUAAUAUUCUCGAAGGCAGAAGAUAGAAAAAAGGAAAAAGACAAAGAGAGAGAAAGAGAGUGAGUGAGAGACAGACAGUGAGAGAGAUUGAGAGCGAGAGAGAGAAGGCGAAGGCUUCGUCGUCCUCGUUCGUGAACGUUGGAAGUUUGUUUUCAGCCUUUCCGUCGGUCUCUCGCGCUUGCCGCGUUGCCAGAUUUCCAAGCGACGAACCGUGUUCGUCGUGUCCCGCCGCGUACCGCCUCCCCCUCACCGUUCUACUCCCCCCCCUCCUCCUCCUCUUCCUCCUCGUCGUUGUCGUCGUCGUCCUCCUUCUCUCUUAAAAACUCGCGAAACAUUUUCGUGAGAAACUUUACGUGCGUGUUGAAAAACAGGAUACGUACAUACAUAUAUAUAUAUAUAUAUAUGUAUGUACGAUUGGAAUAUACACUCAGUGAAAGGUAUAUCGGUGAUAUCGAUUAUCAAAAUCCGAUGUUUUCUAACGAUAUUAUUUGAUUGUUUUCGCGCGUGAUUUCUGAGUGCGCGAAGGAAAAAGAAAAUAGAAAAAAGAAAGGAAGAAGAAGAAGAAAAAAACAACAGAAGAGUUUCGCGAACGGCCCGGGAGGAAGGAACGCGCGCGGCCAUUAUUCGAAAUUCGGUUGGAUCGCGCGUUCGUGCGACGUUGCCGGCUGGUUUUUGUUAGACCGGGCGGCGCGAGUAUUUCAACGCGCUUUCGAGAGACACGACGAUUCCGAGAAGGAUAAUCAUCUCUCUUCUGUUGGGCGGUGGUGCGAGCGAGAAGAACGACGGUAACGAUCGAAGAAGAAGAAGAAGAAGAAGAAGAAGAAGAAGAAGAAGAAGAAGUGGAAGAAGAAUAAGAAGAGACAGAAGAGAGCGAGAGAAAGAGUACGGUUUUAUGUGUCGGGUGAAACGAAUUUCGAUUACGUCGCGUCGACGCGGGCUUUCGAACGACGUCUCGGAAGAGUUAACAGUAAUUUCGUGAGAACGAAUAGAAAGAGACGGUGGACAGUACCACGUGAUCCAGAGAGGGAAAGAAAAUAUUCUACGAAGUAUAUAUACAUAUAUAUAUAUAUAUAUAUACAUACAGACAGCAUACGCGAGAUAUCGUGUUGUCGAGGAGAGAAAGAGAAAAAGAGAGAGAGAGAGAGAGAGAGAGCGACGUUGCCGCGCUCUAGAAAGAGCAACAACGAAAUAUGAGCGCACGAGUGUUGAAUCCGGCUAUGAUGACGGAAAUGAGUCGGAACUUAGGGGGAGGGCGAACGGUGCCGAGCAGGGCAGCUCUCGCGCGCGUUAGAAGGGAUCUCUUCGGUCCCGUCGACCAUGCCGCGGCUCGUGCAUUGGCCGAACGCGAGUUACGUGCACAAUCGUUGCUCGACAACGAACGUUGGGGAUUCGACUUUCACUUGGAAAUACCGAAAUCUAAUUCCCGAUACGAAUGGGAGAUCGUUACCGCUAAUGACGUUGUACCGGAGCCAUAUGCCCUUCGCGGUAUGCCGUAUUUGAGGAAACACGCGCCUUCUACUCCAAGAAAAAAACGGGAUGAAAACGUGCAGCAACAACAACAACAAUCAUUGAUUAUUACUAGUACUACUACUACGACGUCUACUCCUCCCCAACGAACGUUGAAUGGAACGACCAAUGUGAAGAAAGCAACUGCAGCAGCUACCGCGGUCGUUGUCGUAGCUGCUUCUUCAACGACGUCGACGUCGACGACGACGGCGACGGCGACGACGAUAGCAUUUCCAACAACGACUUCUUCUCCUCCUCCACCUCCUAUCGUUGCCAAUGGAAAAUCAAAGAAAACUAUUACUACUCCCCAACGUACAGAGGACAAAUUGGUAUCCGUUGUUGUUCCAACCGACGAACUUCUCGAUGAGAAUACCGAGUCCGAAAGGACGCCGCCUCAACGAGAACGAUCAAGGGUACCGGAGAUCGGAGAAAUUACGCCGAACGAGACCUCGUCGUUCGAUAAUUCCUUCGAGAGUGCUAGGAAAAAGAAGUACUCGAUCGAAUCUACCAACACCAACACCACCCCUGUAUUACCAACGAACACGAGGAAACAGUCGACGAUUACCCACUUCAUGAAGAGCCGUAAACGUAGCCUAAACGGUAGCACGAAGAGUGUAAUAGAACCACCGGAAAAGGUUGCACGUAAUGCGGGACAAAUACGCAGCUAAAGAGCCUUCGGCAUUCUCCUUCAGCCUCGCCAUUAAUUUUCUACCAUUUUCUUCGAUGGACCACAAUAUUCACCGAAUAAAAAACUCUUAUUCGCAAUGGCAAAUUGCGAAACUAUGGAUCGUGAACAAGAACAAAAUGAAGAGAAAAAAAAAAGCAGAAAACUACAACAACAACAACAACAACAACGAUAAUAAUAUUAAUAAUAAUUAGAAUCAUAAUCAUAAUCAGAAUCAAAAUCAUAAAUGAACUCUCAUUUCAUUCUCUAAGGGGAGAAAAUAAUUAGAAAUGAUAGAAAUUAUAUAACUAUAAGAUAUUGAAGGUAUUGAAGAUAAUUAAGAUAAGAUUAAAAUGAAGAGAAGAUAAGAGGAAGGAAGGACACAUUCACAUUCACACACACACACACGCG